CAUAACCUCAAAGUUUGUUGUGUGGUUCGCACGUGUAUACGAACUAAAUACUUUAAACUUAUGUUGAUAAUUUUUGUUUUAAAUUAUUACUAAGUACUUUAUUAGAAAUGGAGUACACUAUAGGAAGUCUUGCUGACUUAAUAUCUGGUAAAAAUACACCAAACAAACCUAAGGUAGUAAAAGUUGAAGUUAAACAAGAAAUUAAAUCUGAAGAAGAGGAUGCACCAAAAUCAAUAAAGAAGGAAAAGAAAAAGCUCAAACCGUCAGUUAGUGUUUUGAAACAGGAGGUAGUCUCGUCUAGUGAUCCUGUUAAAAAGAACCAGAAAAAGAAAAAAAGGAAGAUAUCAAAUAGUCAAGAUGAUGACAAUAUUCCCGAAAAACUAGUUGUAAAGAAGAAAAAGCGUAAAUCUUCUACUAGUCAGGACGAAGAACAAAUUACAGAAGGUUCAUCAAUUAAAAAACAAAAACAUAAGAAACGGAAAACAUCUUUAAGUACAGUUAGUAUAGAAGAUACAGAAUCACUAGUAGAGAAGACGAGUAGUAAAACACGUAAAAAUAAGUCCAAUUUAAAUGGAAGCAGUUUAGCUGAUAGUGAUGAUGAGGAGAAUCUUGAUGAAAAAGUAAGUAGUGAACAGAAUGGUCAAGAAAAAGAAACUGCAAAAAAGAAAGUAAAAGUAGAACAUGAUCCGGAGGAACAAGAGAGGACAAUAUUUGUAGGUAAUGUUCCAAUCAAGAUUAAAAAGAAAAAGAUAAAACAAUUUUUCAAAAAGUACGGAACAAUUGAAACUUUGAGGAUUAGAGGAAUUCCUGUGGCUGAUCCAAAGAUACCUAAAAAGGUGGCUGCAAUUAAAAAUGAAUUUCAUCCUGAUAGAAAUAGUGUUUACUGUUAUAUAAGAUUUACUACUAAGGAAGAAGCUCAAAAAGCAUUACAAGCAAAUGGUAGUGUAUUUGAAGAACAUCAUCUAAGAGUACAUAAUUGUUCUACCACAGAAAAACCUGAUGAAUCUAAAGCAAUAUUCAUAGGAAACUUAAGUUUUAAUGCUGAAGAAGAACAAUUGUGGAAGUUGUUUGAACCUUGCGGUCCGAUAUCUUCAGUAAGAAUUAUAAGAGACUCCUAUACAGGUAUGGGCAAGGGCUUUGCCUAUGUCAACUUUCAAGAUUCUGAUGCAGUACAAUUAGCACUUGAAAUGGAAAAUGUAAAGCUUGGUGAUAGAGAACUGAGAAUUAAAUUGUCCAGUGUAAACACUGCUAAGAAAAACAAAAAGAAGGACAAUAAACGGAAUGCAACAAGACGCAAGAUGGGAAAAGAAAGAAAAAGUGGACAGGCACAAGAUACCGAAGCUGAUGGUAAAACUUUCAAGAAAGACAAAAGACGCAUGGUAUUUAAUAACAAGGGUUUUCAAGGUUCCAAGGUUAAUAAAGAUAAAAAGAAAUUCAAAGUGGAUAAAGGAGCUCUGGAUAAAAAAAGAAAAGUGAAGAAAGUAGCUCCGCUUUAGUUAGAUUAUUUAACAAAAGAAAAAUUAUUUUUACAAAUAAUUGUUGUAUUGUUAUUAUUUUGAAAAUAAUAAUUGUAAGAAAAAAUACAAUUAUAUAGUGUA